AUGGCUGCAGCGGGGAUCCUGGUGCUCGUGACUGUGGUGCUGGGCUUGGCCAGGGCUGGCCCCGUCCCCACUUCGAAGCCCACCGCAACUUGGAGGGGCUGCCACAUUGGCAGUUUCAAAUCUCUGUCACCACGGGAGCUGGACACCUUCAAGAAGGCCAAGGAUGCCUUGGAAGAGUCACUCUUGCUGAAAAACUGGCGCUGUGGCUCCCGUCUCUUCCCCAGGCCCUGGGACCUGAGGCAGCUGCAGGUGUGGGAGCGCCCUGUGGCCCUGGAGGCUGAGCUGGGCCUGACACUGAAGGUCCUGGGGGCCGUGGCUGACACAGCCCUGGGGGACGUCCUGGACCAGCCCCUUCGCACCCUGCGCCACAUCCAGUCCCAGCUUCAGGCCUGUGGUCCGGCUCCGCCCAUGACAGGCCCCAGGCCCCGGGGCCGCCUCCAGCACUGGCUGCACCGGCUCCAGGAGGCCCCGAGGAAGGAGUCCCCUGGCUGCCUGGAGGCCUCUGUCACAUUCAACCUCUUCCGCCUCCUCACUCGGGACCUGAAAUGUGUUGCCAGUGGACACCUUUGUACCUGAGAACCU